AUGGCCGGCAGCGUCGUGCGCGUCUCCGCGCGGUGCGUCGACGCGUCCAAAUGCCCCUUCGCCGAGACCGCCGUGUCCUUCGAAUUGGGCCCCGGCGACGUCGUCUGGCUGCAGGGCCCGAGCGGCGUGGGCAAGAGCACGAUCGCGGCGGAGGUCGCGGGCCUCGGCGCGCGGCGCGGCGCCCUCGAAAAGUCCCUGGGCGUGUCCGUCGCCGUCGACUGGGCGGCGGGCGUGCCCGUCGCAGAGCGGUGCGGCGCCAUGUUCCAGCAGACGACGCUCGUCGACGCGCUGAGCGUCGAGGGCAACGUGCGCUGCGCGCUCGCCGCGGCGGCGCGGCCCGCGGGCGACGCGCUAUCCGAGGCGAAGCGGCUCGUCGAGGCCGUGGGCCUCGACUGGGCGCGCGACCGGCGGAAGAUGCCGCAGGAGCUGAGCGGCGGCAUGGCGCGGCGCGCGUCGCUCGCGCUGCAGCUGGCGCAGCGGAAGCGCGUCGUCGUCCUCGACGAGCCCUUCACGGGUCUCGACGAGUCGAGCGCCCGGGCCGUCGCCGGCGAGCUCCGGGCCCUGCGGGAGCGCCACGGCGCCGCGCUCCUGCUCGUGAGCCACCAGCCGUCGCUCGUCGCGCUGGUCGACGCGGCGCCGACG